GAAUAGUUUAUCUGUUUUUCUAUAAGAGUAUGUUAACUAUUUCUUCAACAUUUGCGUCCAGGAUAGAAUCCCCUAUUUCUAUGCCUACAUUCCUCUGCAGUUUCUGGGAAAAAUUCCAUUCAUCAAAUGUGCUAGAGAAGCAAAUGCUCAUUAUCUGGUCUGCAUUUGUAAUAGCUUUGAAGUUGUUCCUCCAUGAGUCAUUAUGCCUGUCAAGCCCUUUCAGAUCCAUAAACUUUUGAAUGCAGUGUUGUCUAUUUUUCUUGCUACCUUGGAUAUGGGUUUCCUGUGGAUUCAUCAAUGCAAUUAAACAGAAGCUUCCCUAGCUUUAAUUAUCCCUUGGUUCUCUGAUGCUGGGAAGAAAAUGGCUCAUUUGUCUCAUUGUGUUCUGUAAAUUCAUUAUUGAUGCACCUCUCAGUCAUUGGUUUUACUUGAAGCUCUGAAAAAAGGUGAGAAAAAGUUUGCUUUAGUAUUUCAGUCAAAGUGAGAAUUAAAACUUUGUGUCUUCUCUUGUGGAUGUGAUGUACUGUUUCAUUGGAAAGAAUUGGUUAUUGCAUUGUACUUUACUCUUCUUCUUUCAUUUUUCUUAAAUAUAAGAUGACAACUAGAGACACUCCAAAUCAACAAGAAGAAUGUAUAGAACUCUUGAACCUUCUCUCCAUGACACUUCAUUUAGUUUUGAUACUAGGUUGGUGUGCUUUACUUUCAUGCAUUAGCUCUUUUGCUGUGUAUUUGUAGUUGUCUGUAAGCCUUUUGAGUAACUGAGCU